UUCACAUCUUCCCCCCCUGCCGCAGUGGUCCCGCCCGGCAGCCGCCUAUCCACCAGCGGCGCUGCGGUGCGCCCACCCCGCCUCGCGGGGGGGAAGGCGGCCGGUGGCUGCUCACGGCGCUUCCGCCCGGCGCUCGGUGCCGUGGGUGGAAGCAGCGGAGCGGCCGCGGCCCGAGGCGGGGGCUAGGGCGGUUGUGUGAGGGGGGAGGCCUCCUCGGGGACAUUCUCGCGGUCGGCGGUGCCAUGUCGGCGCUUCCGAGGAGCUACAACCCGUUCGCGGAGGACGAGGAGGAGGAUGUGGCGCCGGCGGCUCCCGGCGGGGCGGGCGGCACGGACCGGCAGCGGUACCUGCAGCAGGAGGUGCUGCGCCGCUCCGCCGCCACCGCCGACAGCACCACCCGCUCCCUGUCGCUUCUCUACGAGUCCGAGCGCAUCGGCGUGGCCGCCUCCGAGGAGCUCAUCCGUCAGGGAGAGGCUCUGAAGCGCACAGAGCAGAUGGUGGAUAAAAUGGACCAGGACUUGAAAACGAGUCAAAGGCACAUAAACAGCAUCAAGAGUGUUUGGGGGGGCUUGGUAAACUACUUCAAAGCCAAACCUCCAGAGAGCAAGCCAGAGCAGAAUGGAGCCUCUGAAUAUUAUGCUAACAGCAGGUUAAAAGAAGCAAUGAUGUCUAGUAAAGAACAAGAGUCAAAAUACCAGGAAAGCCAUCCAAAUUUAAGGAAGCUAGAUGAUUCAGACAAUGAUUUCAACAAAGCAGAUUUAGUUUCUUCAGUGCAAAGAGAUGCCUAUCCAAAGAACCAACAACUGCGAGCUUACCAUCAGAAAAUUGAUACCAACUUAGAUGAGAUGUCUUCUGGGCUGAGUCGCCUGAAAAGCCUCGCUCUUGGCCUGCAGACUGAAAUAGAAGAGCAGGAUGAUAUGUUGGAUCGGCUCACAAAGAAAGUAGAGACUCUGGAUGUCAACAUUAAAAACACUGAUAGGAAAGUCCGACAACUAUAAAGGAUUUUUAGAAUUUCUUUUGCCUGGUAUUGGUUCAUCCUGAAUGCCUCAUCUCAACCAAUCUCUUAAAAAAUAUCUUGGGCAGUAUCUGUUUCUCUUUUUUUUUCUGCUGUGUUACUGGUUUUGUUGUCAUUAAAAUUAUGUAGUCUUAAGUCAGCACAAUACUUUACAUUUCCUCUUGGUCUACAUGGGAAAAGUGCAUGUGGAGUAAAAUCUCUCAGCAUCGGGUCAGGAUGCCCCACUCAGUUGUGUAACUGCGUCAUGUGCAUGGAGGAAUUUGCACUCCACAAAGCUGCAGUGUCCUUGGCCUGGGAGCUCUGAUGAGAAAAGGAACUGCAUUUUUGCCUCUGUUUUGGGGAGGGGGCAGGGGGAAUAUAAUGUGAUGCUUUGUUCAGAACAAAUGUUGCUAAUUCUGUUUACCUACAGAUACGUUAAAUUCAGAAAAAAAUGCUGAUUUCCGGCUGUAAACAUAUUUUUAAGUGACUGUUCUCCAGCAUUUCUGGGGCUUAAGGAAUGAGCUGUUCUGUGGAAGUUGUAAAAUAUCAAGGGUGUCUUGUAUUAAUGUAAUAUCCUGUGUUGUGUUCCCUUUCCUAAGAUGACUUUGCCCAAAUGGUGCAUCCACAAAUUGUGGUUUUUAUGUUUAGGUAGCUAAAUACACUUGCCUUUACAGUCUUGUCAGUAAAGAUCUCUAAGGGUAUCUCAUGGUCUGAAAGAAAUGUUCCUUGACAGUGACCCAAAAAGUUUGGGUAACAAAAUCAGGACUUAAAUGUAUGUGCUCUUAAAGAUUCUUUUUGCAGAAAUGGUCACCAUCUGUUUUUAAUUUUCUGCUUUUUCUCAGCUUAUUCUUUUAGGUGGUUAUUUGAAAAAACAGCUUCCAUUUUAGAAAUGGAGAGUAGGUCUGAUAGUGCACAAGCAGAUUACAGAAGAUUGUUCUUUAGCAUUUAUUUCAGAUGUGAUUACAGAUGGAGUGCUUUGCUAAGUAAUGUGACUGUUAAGAAACUCCACUAUGGUUCACAUGCAUCUGCAUUGGCUUAGCAGGUAUAAAAAAUUCCUGCAAAUAAAGAAAAGCCCAAAACCAUUUCUGAGUCUUCCAGAUAGAAUUUGGGCCUUUCACUUUGUUUUGUUCUUUUGUAAGGAUGACUGUAGAACAAAAUAAUCACAAUUCUGCUCCAGCCUGAAACAAGACAUUCAGAACUUGCUGUCUGUCUUGAAAACAAGCAAGGUCCUCCUGUUUGAAGAGGCAAAGGGACCUGUGUCAGUAUUGGAGCAUCACAAGUGACAGUGUGUGGCUAGGAAGAGAUUGUUACUUAUUUUGAACUAAUGCCACAUUGCCUUAUGAAUUAAAGGUGUUCUGAGCUAUCAAGCUUGUCCCCUUCACGGAUGUCACAUUCACACCACUCUUGUUCCUUUUUCAAGGGAUUUGUUACCUUGAGCUCACUUGCCACAAGGUGCAUCCAAAUUGUUAAGGAGAUAAGAGAAACUGAGCCUUUCUUAUUUUACUGUGUCUCCAGAAAGUUCACUUGUAGAAAAAUAAAUCACUAAAAAAGCUACACUUAUUGGACAUAGUAUUAUGGAAAAAAUACUAUUUCUGGGAUACUGGCAGGGUUGAGUUGUGAAUUAGAUUUAAGGUCAGCCUCUUUUUCCUUUAUUACUGGUGGCAUUGAUUUCAGUCCCCCCCAAAAAAAUCUCUUUUGGAGGGAAAUAAAACGUCAAGAGCAAUUGAGUACCUUUAAUUGCUUUUUAAUUUUCAGUUUAUCUCAUUUAUGCACAUUAAGAAUUAUAAAUAACCUAUUAAUAUAUAAUUAUACUAUUUGGGUUUAUACCAUGAUUACUUAUUUCACUCUGUUAGAAUAUUUAUUAAUUAUAUUAUUUGAUAUCUCAAGACAGUUGAUACAUUUAUUUAGUAAAUUAUAGAGUUUAUGUGAAGGAAGAUCAAAAUUUUGAUUAUAUCUUUAGUUUCUUACUUGUUUUAAUAACACUCCUUUUAGUGUGAAAUCUGCCUGCAACUGUCACAACUCAGUGUUUACUAAAGUAAGACUGAUAACAAGGAUGGACUCUGAGACUUUCUUGACUAAGUUAUGGCAAAUGGAGGAAAAAUGUCACUGGAGGAUCUGGUUGUGUUAUGUGAAGUAAGAAAUCUGGAGCUUGAAUCCAAGCAAAAAUCUUUGAUUUAAGGGUGAAGUGUGCUGUCAUUCUGAUGCCAUUCCAUUUUUAGUCUAAAUUAUUUCAAAAAUUAACUCAAGUUUUUGAGCAAAUGUUUAGUUGUAUUGGCCUUAUGAAAUAUUCAAUGCAUCCUGGAUGUCUUUGAUGCCUUUAAAAACACAGGGAGGGAAGGGGAAUAAAAAAUAAAUCCCUAUUUCUGCUUUGUGAAUAAAAAAUAAAUUUCUAUUUGUGCUUUGAGAAUGCCCUAAUCCAAGCAGAGUAAAAACCCAGGAUCUCAGCCAUGUGGAAUCUAUACAGAUGUCUAACUCCUCAUGUCUUCUAACAAUCCCAUUCACUGCCUCAGUAAUGUAUGUCUGCCUUUGCUUAGGUUUUCUUGCUCUAUUUAUUAUUUUUGUUUGGUUUUAAUGGCCUUGUUUUAAAGGAUCAUUUACCACACUGGGUUUCUUUUGCAGGGGGGAAAAGAUGGUGCAUGGAUAUAAAAGAAUUUCUGCUACAAACUGAAUUGCUUGUCUCUGCUUUCAUAUUGAUUUUUGCUGAUAACAAACUUAAGUCUAACUGACAUGAGGAGACACCACUAUUUUAUAAUAGUGAUGAUGUUUUUUAUCUCUUGGGCUAACUUUCUAUCCUAGAGGAAAAGGAAAUUUAAAGGAAAAUAACCACAUGAUUUUUGCUUUUCCAGGAAAUGCCAUUUUGAAUGUAUAAUGAAGGAUUUAACUUCAGUAGCUUUUCUUACUGUUUCCUGAGAUGGAGUUUUAUUUCUUCUUGGAUACUGUUGAAAAACUUUAACUGUGUAGUGUCCAGGACUUUCAGAAGAAGUUUAAUUUGCACUCGUGCUAAUUUUUGAUAAAAUAAAUGUUGUUGCCUGUAUAUUCAUGUUGGCAUAUAAGCUGGUGUUCUUGCAGCAAAAUAGCUCUGGUUAAUUUUAUUGGCUUGGGUAGAAGUUUAAUAAUGUCAGAAGAAGGUGGCAAAAAAAAAAACAUAUUAAGUGUUCUCUAUAAAAGGCAAUUUGCCAGUUUCUCAAGAAGUUGGCUAAUCAAUUUUGAAAAGAUCUUAAACACUGGGAAGUAGCAUAUACCCUUCAUAACACAGACAUAAAAUUCUAAAAGCAACAAGGAAAAAGAAUGGGAAUUACCAGUAUCUGAUGACUAGAUUCCUAGGUGUAUUUGAUUUUUAAUUUUCCUGAGCAUUGAAUUAAAUCUUGUAACAAAUUAUAUGUAGCUGAAUUUUAGUCUGUACUACACAUAUUUCUUUGCUGUGCUGAGCUAUAUUGGCCCUACUGAAAUCGUUGGGACACGAUGAUGUCAGGGGUUCUUUUAAUGUGUGAAAUUCACCUGAAAUAUUUUGCUGCCUAGUGUUUUUGUGAUGUCAUUUGUUAAGUGUUGAAACAGAAAAUACCUUCUGCCUUCUGAACAAACAUUUUUGUAGGCAUUUGUAACAUCACAUGGAGGAUAUGUGUUAAUUUUUACUUUGAAAUACUUAGGACUUAAUUUCAAAUCACAGGUAGUGAUUAUUUCUAUCUGACUUUUUUAAACAGAACUUUAAUUCUGUGCCACCGAGGUAUAACAUUUUUUGUAUAAGUCAAAUUGCGUUCUUUCAUUUAAAUGCUAAACUGGACUGUAGUUCAGCAGUUUAAGAGAUUGAAUGGAAUGAGUGUUGAAUGGUAAGACAGUCAAUAAAAGGUGCUUAUUGUUAAUGAA